CAAAAUCCCGCAGAAAUGAACGGACUAGCUAUAUUAGGCUUUCAAGACGAGACGCCCGCGCCGCCCCGCGGCCUUGUCAUUAGAAUCAUGGCAGAUGCCGUGGUUACGGACCGGAAGCGUCCAACUCCGGGAGAGAAUCUCCACACGCUCCACUCUCUCCAGACUAACAAAACGCCGUCAUCGACAGGCACUAUCCCGCAAUACCUUCCCCACGCUGUGGAAUCUGUUCUCGGGGUGCAAAUACUCGUCAAGAUGCAAGUCCCUCCACGCCAAGAAUUCCCCUCACCAGGUGGUUGAGUAUGGAAAGGUCAAAGGAUCUCGAUGCGAGGCAUUCUCGGAUAUCCUCCGAAAUGAGAGACGAAUGUCUAUAAAAGGCGUCAUCUUCUGCUGCGAGAUUGACAGCUUCUGUGCGUGGACAAUUUCCGGGUUGAAUCGCCAAUAUGAAGGUUCUCUCGCCUUUAAUCCAGGUAGCUCUGGUGCAGAGCACGGUGUGCGUUGCCGGGUAUACCAAUGAAUCGGAGGUUCCCUACUAUGGCCGGAGUCCUGCCGUUUAUCCCUCACCUAUCGGAAACGGCUCAACCAGCACCGCAUGGGAAACCGCCUACAAGCGUGCCAAGGCCCUAGUGUCUAAGCUGACCGUGGAGGAAAAAACUAACCUGACUCGCGGCCAUGACGGCCAAUGCGUGGGGAACAGCGGCGCCGUCCCCCGCCUGUCGAUCCCUUCUCUCUGUUUCUCCGACGCCCCCGACGGCCUGCGCGGCCAGGAAUUCGUCUCCGCCUUCCCAGCCGGCAUUCACGUUGCGUCCACAUGGGAUCGCUCGCUUAUGUAUGAAUACGGCCAUGCUCUCGGCGAGGAGUAUCACGAUAAGGGCGUUAAUGUCGCCCUGGGCCCUGUAGCAGGUCCGCUGGGGCGAUUGGCUCGCGGUGGGAGAAACUGGGAAGGACUGGGUGCUGACCCGUACCUGGCGGGAGUGGGUAUGGGUGCUAUCACCAAGGGAAUCCAAGAGGCGGGAGUCAUUGCUAAUGCUAAACACUGGCUUCUUAACGAGGAGGAAUGGAGGCGGAACCCAGGGGAUAUGGGCGAGGCGUUGAGUUCAAAUGUCGAUGAUCGCACAUUGCAUGAGCUGUAUGCUUUUCCCUUCAUGGAUUCUCUGAAGGAGGGUAUUCGCAGCGUGAUGUGCUCGUAUCAACGAUCAAACCACUCCUAUGGAUGUCAGAACUCGAAACUCAUGAACGGUAUCCUGAAAACGGAGCUAGGAUUUGAUGGGUUUGUGGUUAGCGACUGGGACGCACAGCAUGCGGGCGUUGCAUCUGCUAACGCUGGUCUCGAUAUCGUCAUGCCAGACGGUGGCUUCUGGGGUCGCAACCUCACUCGUGCCGUCAACAAUGGUAGUGUGACUGCUGACCGACUGGACGACAUGGUGACUCGAAUCCUAGCCGCUUGGUAUCUGACCGGUCAGGAUGAGGGCUUCCCGGCCCCGGGCAUGUACUCCGAAGCGGACAAGCACGAUCCUAUCGACGUUCAGCGCGAUCACGCUGAUCUUAUCCAAGAGAUUGGUUCUGCUGGCACGGUCCUGGUCAAGAAUGUCAACAACACGCUUCCUUUCACGAACUCGACCAGAUUCCUAAGCGUCUAUGGCUACGAUGCGACAGUCAGCGCUGCUCCCUGGUCUAACCCCUCCCGAUACGGAGGCGGCUACGAGGUGAACUUCGGCUGGACCACCUUCAACGGCACUCUCUUCACCGGAGGUGGCUCUGGUGGCAGCACACCCCCGUAUGUCGUCAGUCCAUUCCAAGCACUCCAGGAGCGCACCUCUCGCAACCGCGGAACUCUUCGCUGGGAUUUCUACUCGGAAAACCCCACCCCUGCAUACGUGAACAGCGACGCCUGCCUCGUGUUCAUCAACGCGUAUGCAUCCGAGGCUUUCGAUCGAACCUCUCUCACCGAUGAGUUCAGCGACAACCUCGUCAAAAACGUGGCUGCCAACUGCAGCAACACUAUUGUAGUGAUUCACUCUGCCGGCAUUCGCACCGUCGACGCCUGGAUCAACCACCCCAACGUAACCGCCGUUCUUUACGGCGGCCUCCCCGGCCAAGAAAGCGGCCACUCGCUCGCCGACAUCCUCUACGGCGACGUCAACCCCUCCGGACGACUCCCUUACACCGUAGCCAAGAACGAGUCCGACUACGGCUCUCUCCUCAACUCCACCGUCUCCUUCGACGCCUUCCCCGAGGUAAACUUCACCGAGGGCCUCUACAUCGACUACCGCGCCUUCGACCGCAAGGAGAUCACCCCCCGCUUCGAAUUCGGCUUCGGUCUCUCCUACACAACCUUCAAGUACUCCGACUUCCACGUGAAAUCUACCGGAAACCGCACCUCCGCUCUCGUGGACCCCAGCAUCGCCAUCGUCCAGGGCGGACACCCCGAGCUGUGGGAUACUUUGUUCGAGGUGACCGCGUCGAUCACGAACACGGGAGACGUGGCCGGGUCGGAAGUCGCGCAGCUGUAUGUUGAGAUUCCGAACGCGCCGGUUCGUCAGCUCCGAGGGUUCGAAAGGGUGCCGUUGACGGCGGGGGAGACGAAAACGGUCACGUUCCCGUUGACGCGUCGCGAUCUGAGUAUUUGGGAUGUUGUGGCGCAGCAGUGGAGGCUUCAGCACGCCGAGUAUAGUGUUUUUGUUGGGGCGAGUAGCCGCAUUUUGCAUUUGAAUGGGACUUUGGAGAUCGAGUGAGUGGGGAGGAUGCGGUUAUGCGGGUUCACGAGGGAAGCAGCCUGCAAGUAGGGUUUGAGAUGUCAGAUGACCUUUCCUCUAUUUGUGGAAUGGGAUGGACGAGUAUAUGUC